AUGCGUCUUUCUUUCAUUUCUCUGGCCGGAUCGCUGGCGAUUGUCGGAGCCACUCACAUUGGCGGCAGAGCUUUCGAUCGCUACAUCUCCAUCUGGCUGGAAAAUCAGGACUUUGUCAAGGCCGUCCAGGAUUCCUCGAUUGCCGAUCUGAAGAAGGAGGGGAUUUUGUUGUCCAACUACUAUGCGCAUACCCACCCAAGUCAGGCCAAUUAUAUCGCGGCACUCGCCGGAGACUACUUUGGCAUGAACCACAACGACCGGGUGCGACUGCCACUCAACGUGUCCACCAUCGUGGAUCUUCUCGACUGGCGCGGACUGCCAUGGAAAGCAUACAUGGAGGACAUACCUGGCCCGGGGUACAUGGCCGCGGCCAGCGACGGCCAGACUGGUGAUGGCAAGUGGGACUACGUUAGACAGCACAACCCGUUCGUGUCGUUCGACUCCAUAAACCUCAACGGUAGCCGACUACUGAAAAUCGUGGGUUUCGAUGAUUGGAAGGCCGACUUCGAGAAGAAGGAAGUGCCUCAGUGGGUAUUCAUGUCCCCCAACAUGAUGAACGAUGGCCAUAAUACAUCCCUGGAGUAUGCCACCAAGUGGGCGCACGACUUUCUGAUGCCAAUGCUGCCGCAAGGCGUCUUCAAAGAGCGCACGCUAAUCCACCUAACGUACGACGAAUCAGAAGACCACGAGAAGCCGAACCAGAUUGUGUCAUUGUUGCUCGGCAGUGCGAUACCUAAACAGUUGAAGGGAACAGAGGACAAGACGUUUUACACCCACUACUCGAUGCUAUCGACAGUCGAGUACAACUGGGAGAUGCCGAAUCUGGGCCGAUACGACGUGGGCGCCAACAUCUUCAAGUUCGUACAGGAUCUCGGCAGCCAAAUCAUCGUUCCGAACAAAGAUCCGCCCAACAUGGCUUCUGUGAAUAACUCGGAAUCUUAUUUUGGGGCGCUCAACAACGAUACGAGCCGAUUCCGCCCUUAUCCGCCCCCCAAUCUUGCCCUCAACGGAUCCAGCGGGCUUCCAAUUUUGGACCACGUCCGCCUGCAAUGGGUCUAUCAUGAAGAGCCGACACCGUACGAUGGAAGCGGUACUCUCUACGACGCCAACUUCCAGCCUCAGUACAUCCCAAAGCCUGUAUAG